UAGAGAACGUACCGCUAUUGUGUAACAAAUUUCAACUCACCUCCAUUGGCGCUUACCUCGGACUUCAAGAGAAACUGAGAAAGAACAGUGAAGCUUGAUUUAUUUAGUACCGAUACUAGUGAGAACAGUACUUCAACUAUGGCUAACCCUCUCCCAGCUCUGGCAUUGGCCAUUGGUAUUUCUGCAUUCCUCUUUAACUUUGCAAUCCAUAGAAUUGAUGAAGGUCAUGUUGGUGUGUAUUACAGGGGUGGUGCCUUAUUGCAGACAACCAGUGGACCAGGGUUCCAUGUCAUGGUUCCAUUUCUAACCUCAUACAGGAGCGUACAGACGACGUUACAGACAGAUGAGGUCAAGAAUGUGCCUUGUGGAACAAGUGGAGGUGUGAUGAUCUAUUUUGACAGGAUAGAAGUAGUCAAUCAGCUCAGGCAGAGCGUGGUCUUCGAAACAGUGAAGAAUUAUACAGCAGACUACGACAAAACCCUCAUCUUUAACAAGGUUCAUCACGAACUCAAUCAGUUUUGCAGUGCUCACAAUCUACAAGAAGUCUACAUUGAACUCUUUGAUCAAAUUGAUGAAAACCUAAAGAAAGCAUUGCAAGAAGACUUGACAGUCAUGUCUCCCGGUCUUACAAUACAGGCUGUCCGUGUUACCAAGCCGAAGAUCCCAGAGAGCAUCAGGAAAAAUUAUGAGCUCAUGGAAAAUGAGAAGACCAAACUGCUAAUCGCUGCCCAACAUCAGAAGGUCGUAGAGAAGGAAGCGGAGACCGACAGGAAACGAGCCGUUAUCGAGGCAGAGAAGAUUGCACAGGUGGCCGGGAUCACAUUUGCACAGAAGAUCAUGGAGAAAGAGAGCGAACAAAAGAUAUCAAUCAUUGAAGAUGAAACUCAUCUGGCCAAGCAGAAGGCGAGAGCUGAUGCACAGCUCUAUUCAUCAGUCCAAGAGACAAAGGCCAAUCAGGAAAAACUGACCCCGCAGUACCUUGAGAUGCUGAAGUACCAGGCGCUGACGGCCAACACCAAGAUCUACUUCGGCAACGAUAUCCCAAACCUCUUCAUGAUGGGAGACACCAAGGAAGAUCCAAAGGCUGUAUCAGCAGCAGCAGCAGCGGCGGCAGGUUUGAACCAAGAAUCUACGAGCAAGAAAACAGAGACCAAAUCAAGAUCUACAGGGAAAUCACCCUCAUAAUAAAACCUUGGAUUAGGAGUAAUAUAGUAGAGCACACUACCGGGUAUCUUUAAUACAAGAAAUCACAGAUGGCAAGAAUUCAGAUUCUGUGCCAAAUUUUCAGUCCUAGCCAAUUGAUGGAAGGUAUAUCUUCGGAACACAAUGAUAUUAAGUAGCAAACACAGACAUAAUAAUAAUAUUAAUAGUGGGUUCUUGUAUAGUGAUUGUGUCUGUCAGAGUCGACACUCCUGGCGCUCCACAAUUUUUACCCGGCUUUAGCAUGACUGCCAUUAUGGCCAUCAAUUUUUGUAAUUGGAAUAAGCUUAGUUAAGCUUAAGCUCAGUGCAAACUAAUUAAACAAAAAUUCUGAGAGGGGGGUCUGCGAAGGGAGUUUCAAAGACACAGUGCACAAGUCGGAUAUGUAUUUUCCAUCCAUUCAUCUUUAGUGGGAAGCAUGUAAGUUUGCUGCUAUAGGGGAAAAUAUCUUUCUAAAUGAUAGUGUUAUUUUGAAUGGUUCUAGAUAAAUGUAUGUAAAUUUUGUUGGUUAUCAAAUCAAUAUCUUAUAACGAUAGAUUAGGGUUGAAAUUACGUUUCUAGCUAUAAUGACAAUCUUUGCAGUACAUGUAAGUAUGAGUUUUGUACUUGCAUAUAUGCGUGAGAUAUUUAACUGGAUUACAGAGACUAGACUUAGUGUACAGAUGUUUCGAUGUGCAAUGCUUGCGUGUACGACUUCUAAAACUCGGUAAGUCAUGCAGCAAUAUCAGGAAACUACUGUAUACUACAACUAGACGAUGGACUUUGCAAUAAAAAAAUAAUAAUAUAAGAAAAGACAAUAUAAAACUUCAGGUGAAUAUGCCUUCAUAUAUCAAAUAUAAUAGGUCUUCAAAAAAAAAAAACACUGACUGGUAAAAGAAUAUGCUUGUUUGUUCAAGAAAUGGAUGAAUUAUACAUGUAUAGUUCUAACGUAAUUUUCAGUCUGCUCUCUGUGUUUGAAACAGAACUAGAAUAUCUGAAUAAUCAUAAAGUUUGUUAGGAUACAGCAUGAAAUGUUCACUUUUGAAUGCCUUCAAAUGGCUUCUUUGAUGCUGCUCGAUUUCUUCUUUUUAAAGAAGAGGAAAAUGUUUUAUGAUUCUCUUGUCAUUCCUUUAAUUUAGAUUGGAAAAAUUUCAUGUAUUUGAAAAUUAGUUUUUUUAAAUUUGUUUAUCUAGGAUAUUAGAAUGUUGAGGCCGAUUGGAGAGUUGGUAUAUUUCUAGUAGUAAAACUGAUUCAAUAUGAUUUACUGCAACAAAUACAUUUUCAUUUUAUGUGUGUUAAAGAUGCACUAUAAUCAUAUGCAAUGCAUGCAGUUAUCAUCUGUUUUACAUAUUAUACUCCUGUAUUCUGUUCAUUCGUUCAGUAGGUCACAGUUACACAUCCUAAAUGUACAGUCAAACCUGUCUUACUAGUGGCUACCUCUAUAUAAAGGCCACCUCUCUAUAGUGGUCAUACAUUGUGCCUCCCUUGAGAAAGAAAUGAGAACAACACUCGUUUAUUUCUAGAGGGAGAAAAAAAAUGCAUGGCCAUUAUAGACAGGUCGGCACAAAGACACAUUUUUAGCUGUACCUGUAUAUGAAGAAAAAAAAUGGAAAAAAAAAACAAAUCUGUUAAUACAAGUUUCAUGGUUAUUCCUUUUGAGUGAACUCACCACUCAAAUUUAAGGAAUUUUGUUUAAAAUGCGAGAAUCUUUCUUUUCCUGAAAUAUGCAAUAGCGAACUCUUUUAACAUUUAGCUUAAUUACCUAUAUCUCAGAGAAGGAUUCAUGUACGUUUAUGACUGUUUCUAUGACUUCCAUAUCUAUAAUAUCUUAUAUGUAUAUGUUUGCAUUAUGAGUUAUUAAAAGGUAUUUGAACUUUGAAUUGUGAUAGGUGAAACAUAUAAAUAUUAUUCCUUCUUAAAUAAGAUGAAUCAUUGAAAGGGUGUUAACUUGUUUUCAAAUUAAACAUGAGUACUGAUAAAAAGGAAUCAUUUUCUGGUAAAUUUGUUUGACAAUGAUAUUGAAGAGUUCAUAUUCAAUGUGACUUUAUUGCAAUGGCUAGACUUUUAUGAUUAUCUUAAAUACUUGUUAGUUUUAUCAAGAAAUGGAAGUGCAUUGUAGCUAACAAACCAGAGAUCGCUAUUUUUGGUUCUAAGGGUAUUUCAAUACUGCAAAAACAACUAAUAAUUUUGAUUCAUUCAAAAAUAUAGAUGAAUACUUGAAAUAUAAAAUGAAACCUUGUGUAAUUCAAAUGUCUUUAUAUUUGUAAUUUUUUCUUGUAGUAUUUGAUAUGAUAUGAUUUUAUAUUACUAUUAUCCAUUUUGUAUACUUUUGAAUACAUUUUGAAAUUUACCUGUAAUCAGUAAAUUGAAAGCUUUUUAAGCUUUCCUCUUUUUUUACAUUUCUUCUUUGGUCAUAAUGUUAUCUGAUGAUUAUUGUUCAAUAUUUGGUGUUAUGUAACACAAUGUAAAGUUAAUUGUCACAAGGUAAUUUUGAAGGUGUUGUGAGGCAAUUUUGAGAAAUAUGAUUUCUUACAGUUAGUUAUGUUAGCUAAGAUGUACAACUUGUAUUAUUCAUUAAAAGAAAAAAUCAUCGGCCAAUCCAAUUGGCUCUCUUAGAUGUCUUGGGAUUUAUAAAUAUUUGUGAUGUUUUGAUAUAUAAUUAUGCACAUAUAACUUUCAAACAACUUCAUGUUCUUUAACCAAAUAAUUGAAUUGAUGUUCAUUCCUUCUUUCUUUGAUUUGUAGUGUUAACUAAGUGUUACUAAGACUGUUAUGUGAAAGGACAAAUGUUUAUGACCGAAUGUACGUACAAGGCAAAAGAACAAAGGCGAAAGAACAAAAACACAUUCAUAUGGUGGUGAUCCAACAUGUGCUCUGGCGACAGUUGCUCUAGCUUUUAUUUUGUCAAAGGUAUAGGGUUAGGGUUAGAGUUGCAAUUUGGUGUUGGUUUAGGUUUAGUGUUAGGGUUAGGUAUAGUGAUGGACCAAGGGUCGAAAUUAAACAUUCUGUUAGUGUAAUAAAUUGAUGUGGAGCAAUUAUCACCAGAGCCUAUGUGGUAUACCCAUCUGGUAUGAAGGGAAUGGUAAGAAGUAUAUUAGCUACUGGUAUCUAUGCUUUUACUAGUUUCCUGAAUGUUUUUUUUUCUCCAGGAGAUGGCAGAAUGAUAAUAAUAAUCAUAAUAAUAAUGGUGGCUUCCAAUAUGGUGCACAUGUCCGUCACGUUGUGAUGCUCCUGUUGCCCCAACAUCACUACCCCAAUCAUAGCUGGUGGCCACAUAUGUAGCGCUCUGGCAUAUCAGGUACCCAUUUACACCUGGGUGGAGAGUGGCAAAAGUGGAUUAAUGUCUGGACUUUUUAGCAUAUUGAGGAUUCUCCAACCGGGGUAUACAAGUGUUUAAAAAAGGUUAUCUGACAAAGAAAAAAAGAAGUAUUCUACUUUUCCCAGAAGCAUAAGUAUGUCUCAAAAAUAUCUGGGGCAUUGCCACCUCUUAAAGCAUAUAAUCUUACAGCUUUGAUUGUCUCUGUCUUAGUUUCAUUUUGUGAAUGGGGCAUAAAAUGCCCCAUUUAUCAAGAAAUAGAUGUGAUACUUUCAACAAGGAGGACAUUUUAACAGGUGUUUCAUAAUCUAAUAUCUUUUGUUUCUUAUGUUGUCAUUUUUUAUAUGCAUUUGGUGUCACCUGUCCAUAACCCUCCCUGGGAGUACACACACGUGGACAUUAGGGACUUUUAGAUUUGCUUGGACUUAUACGUGUGACGUCCAUUUAAGGCAGUGCAUUAAAAGGACGUCGAUCGUAGCAAUCCACGUUGUCGUUGUGCAAAUCUAAAAGUCUCUAUUAUUAUGUGCCUUGAACUUGUUGGGAAAAAACCUUUGUACUGUUCAGUAAAAGCUGUGUAGACUUAAUUAAAAUUUUAAGAUUUCUUAUCUUAAAGAAA